AUGACACCAAAGUAUUACAACCCACAGGACCUAUUGAUUAAAGCAGAGAGCAAUAAACAAAGGAGAGGGACAGGGGAAAGGGAGGACAAGAGUAAUCAGACAUGGUGGCUCAGAAAUGAAUUCAGACCUUGGGUAGACGUCAACAGAGUCAAGCUUAUAAAAGCUAAAUCCCAGUACAAGCCCCCGGACGAGAAAGUGAGCCACGAAACCAGCUACAGUUCUCAAUUCAAGGGGGAGCCCAACAAGCCUGUACAAGCCGAUAACAAAUUCAUCGAUCGCAGGAGGAUACGCAGCCUGUACAGCGAGCCCUUCCAAGAAUCUUCAAAGGCGGAGAAGCGUAGUGUUCAACCUUCCAAACCAAAAAAGACAACAACGAGCCAUAAACCACUGAAAAAGGCCAAAGACAAGCAGAUCGCAUCUGGCCGGGCUGCCAAGAAAAAGAGUGCCGAGAGCUCCAGCGGGACAAAGCCAGAGGACAAGGAGAAAAGACCCUCGAUAAAGCCACCGGUACUACAGACCAGGAACCAAGUACCUUAGCCCAGGACCCACCCACAUGAAGUGAAGCACUUCAUUCUGAGUGGCAGCUGGGAUAAACACAUAGCCUGCAUGAAACAUGUAUAGUCCUACGGCAUACAAUAAAAAUGGUGAACUGCU